UACAAGAGGAGGUGGGUCUAGCAUAAAAGACUAACUUUGUUCCCAGUUCUUCUGUUUACGCGCCAGUCUCCCAGAGACGAGAUUGCAAAAUUCAUUUUUUACCAGUAUUAAAUAACGGAUAUAUUUGUAGAGACAACUUCAAAUCAUCGAGAGAAAAACAAUAUCUUCUAUCAACUGCUGCAGAUAAAUGUCUUCCACGUUCCCACAUUCUCUUUGUUAUUAAUUGUUGUUAUGACUGGAUUCAUAGUUUGGUGUUUUAUGAGCUAUGUGGUGUCGUUCUUCAAUAACAUACAGACCGAUAUUGAUGAUAUUACUGAUGUUGUACAUUCGUCUACAUAUAACAAAGAACAAAAAUUUGGAACACUAAUUACACAUAAAUCAAGCUCAAAAAAAUCUUUUCUAAUCGAAAACGGUGUUGUAAAUACGUCCUGUCCUAACUUUAAGAAAAUUAUGGACAGUAACAUUUCCCUCGAAGAUGAUAAAGUUCCUAAGUCACAAAGUCUAUGGAACAAUCAGAUAGAUAAGCUAGAAAAUGACAAAUACAGGAUUAACAACAGCAGUAGCAGUGAGGAAAACAUCAUACAACCUGCCAAUAAAAAUCAAACUCAUGUACUCACAACACCAAAAAUUCCCAGAAAACGCCGCUUUCGAAGAAGAAGCAAAACCGCUCCAUCUUCAGCGUACGUUUCACACAACACCCAGGUGGGAGAACUAAGUGUGUCGGAUUCCGAAAUGAAAGGAAAUGCACACACAAAAUUGUGUCGAGUAAAGACGCCUAAUAUCGUUGUUGUUAUUGACAACAGCAACAUAUUUAUAGGUGCAAGAGAAGCUGCUUGUCAUGAAAAAUCGGGAAUUCGACCUCGACAUGUUAAACUAAAGCUAAUUCAACUGUUACAUAUUGCUGAAGAAGGAAGAAAGGUCACCCGAGGUAUUGCUGGCGCCUCAUCACCAACUACGACAAGUGCAGCCGUGUGGGAUAUAUACAGGAGGUCUGGAUACUCAGUUGAUUUGGAAGAUAGAAGAGGAAAGGAUGAACAGAGAGUUGACGAACAACUUCAUCUUGCUAUUUAUAGGGCAUUGGUGGAGCUUCCUGCUCAAACAUUGGUCAUUGCAACAGGUGAUGGAAACAAAGGUAAAUCAAGAAGUAACACCAGCUUUGUUGAAUGCGCGAAAAGAGCGAUAUACCUGGGUUGGAAGGUCGAAGUUUUGUCGUGGCGUCAUUGUUUAAGCGUUGAGUGGUUAAAAAUGGCGAAUGAAAAAAUGUUGAAAAUUAAAUUUCUUGAUGAACACAUACAUCAACUGACAUCAAUUGAGAAACGUCAGGAAAGAAGAUCGCCUUAAGAUAGAUUUACUGUACAUUCCUUGUAUAUAGUAAUAUAGUAUUUAAAUAUAUAUUCAUAUUUAAAAUGGAUGAGAUUUAUAGUU